GUCUCUGAAAAGUCCUCUCUCCCUCUCCCAUUCUCUGUUUUUCUUCUGUAUUCAGAUUCGAAAUCUCUCUAUCUCUGUGGCGUGUUUUAUGUGUCUUUUCUUUUGUAUUCAGAUUCAAAAUCUCUCUUCGAAAUUUGAUAGAAAAAAACAAUAAUUUGAAAUAGAAAAUGGUAAGAAUCCCAUAUCUAACGGCUCUAACGACACUCUUCAGCUACGGCCUCUUAUUCGCAUUUGCACAUACAAGAGACAUCUUCAACAAGUUCUUCCUUUUCUUCUCUUCCACCAAUCUUCACGUAUACGCGCCUAUCUGUUUUGAUCAUGAGGAUAUCUACAUACGCCGUUUGUAUCGCCGUAUUCAGGACUGUUUUGGACGGCCAAUAGCAAGUGCACCUGAUGCUUGGAUAGAUGUGUUUGAGCGUUACUCUAAUGACAAUAACAAGACACUGUUACGGACCACGAAGACGAGUAGAUGCCUUAACUUAGGCUCAUACAACUACCUUGGGUUUGCAGCAGCAGAUGAAUAUUGCACACCCCGUGCAAUUGAGUCUCUGAAAGAAUUUUCACCAAGCACUUGUAGUACUCGUGUAGAUGGCGGAACUACCAAAUUGCACGUGGAAUUGGAGGAGAGGAUUGCAAAAUUCGUGGGAAAGCCAUCUGCUGUAGUUUUUGGCAUGGGCUAUGUGACUAACUCUUCCAUCAUUCCAGUCCUGAUUGGGAAGGGGGGUUUGAUAAUCAGUGAUUCUUUAAACCACAACUCGAUUGUAAAUGGUGCUCGAGGAUCGGGAGCCACAAUCCAGGUUUUCCAACAUAAUUCACCAUCUCACUUGGAAGAAGUGCUGAGAGAACAAAUCACUGGUGGACAGCCCCGAACACAUAGACCUUGGAAAAAGAUAAUGGUUAUUGUCGAGGGAAUCUACAGCAUGGAAGGGGAGCUCUGUAAACUUCCUGAAAUCAUAGCAGUUUGCAAGAAAUAUAAGGCAUACAUAUAUCUAGAUGAGGCCCACAGCAUUGGCGCAAUUGGAAAAACUGGAAAAGGUGUUUGUGAGCUCCUAGGCGUGGACCCCACUGAUGUAGAUAUUAUGAUGGGAACAUUUACAAAAUCAUUUGGAUCGUGCGGUGGCUAUAUUGCAGGAUCCAAGGAACUUAUUCAAUAUUUGAAGUAUGCUUGUCCAGCUCAUCUUUAUGCGACAUCCAUGUCACCACCCGCUGUUCAACAAGUCAUAUCUGCUAUAAAAAUUAUUCUUGGAGAGGAUGGUUCUAACAGAGGAGCUCAGAAACUUAAUAGAAUCCGUGAGAACAGCAAUUUCUUCCGCUCAGAAUUGCAGAAGAUGGGAUUUGAUGUUCUUGGGGACAAUGACUCUCCAAUAAUGCCGAUAAUGCUUUACAAUCCGGCGAAAAUGCCUGCUUUCUCUCGAGAGUGUCUUAGACAGAAUGUGAGUAUGUCAGUCUCUCAGCUGGUUUACAGCCAAAUACAUGUUGCAGUUGCAAUGGUCGCAUUUCCGGCAACUCCGCUGUUAUUGGGAAGGGCACGCAUCUGCAUAUCAGCUGCUCAUACCAAGGAAGAUCUGCUGAAAGGCUUGGAGGUCAUUGGCAGAGUUGGCAAAUUGAUUGGUGCAAGAUAUUUGCUAGCUGAGCCUUCAAAGCAGCAUGAUGGAGGUGCUUCUGACCCAUUGGGCCACCAUUAGAUCACAACCGUGCAUUAUUGUGCUUCCAGAAACCAGGGAUUAUGAAGAGCAGCUAGUUUUGGAGAACUACUUGAGAUCUUGGCUGAAGAAUAUUUAAGAGUAUUAACUAAUGGGCAUUGAGUCUUUAUAAGUAGGGCCCACGGUUCAAUGAUCUGGAUUAAACUUCUCUGCUCCCAGGUUAGGUGAACUAUGGACACACAUUGUUAAUCUUUGGCUUUUGCAAAGGUCCUGAGAUCGUCUAGACUGUAGAUCUUAUGUGGGUGCAUUCAUUUGGGCUGUCUUUCGGAUAGUAGCUCAUGGUGGUUCUCUCA